UGAAGAAGAAGAGGCGGAAAGAGACGAAGAAGACGAAGAAGCGACCCACAGCACAGCGGUGAAACCUGGAACAUGCUCUCCUUCACUAAAACACCGUGUCUUUCUUGGCAGAUAUGUCACUUGGCGAAAACACAGCAGAGCACGAGGACACCGCACAAACUCAGGACUCUGUUUAUUCCGCUCAGGAGCGUUUCUCACCUGACUGGGGCUCGUGCGCUGACCACGCACACACUGUAUCCCAUCAGUCACCCUCCAAACAGAUGGUUAGAGAACAAAGCUGAUGGCAAGAAAUGGAGGAAAAACAUCCAUUUGACGUCACCGAGGCUGGAGAACACCACCCCUGUGCAGAUAAGUGAGCUGUCUGAAGCGGAGUAUGAGAAAAUGGCAGACGAGACGUUGGAUGCUCUGUCCGAUUAUUUUGAAGACCUGACAGAUGAAGCUUUCACAGGAGCCGACUACGACGUUGUCUUCUCUAGUGGUGUGUUGACAGUGAAGGUUGGCAGGGAGCACGGCACCUACGUCAUCAACAAACAGACACCAAACAGACAGAUCUGGCUGUCGUCUCCCACCAGUGGACCAAAGCGCUACAGCUGGACGGGUGAACGCUGGGUGUACACUCACGACGGUGUGAGCCUCCACCAGCUGCUCUCCAAAGAGUUUUCCAUCAUCUUCAAUAGAAACAUGGACCUAUCUGACCUGCCCUAUUCCUGAGCUCCCACACCUCCUCAUGACCCGCAGCAUCACCAUGGCAACACAUGACACAACUACUAGAUCCUGUAUGAGCCAAAUACAGUAUAUAUUUACCGCUGCACAAUAACCCUUCAACAUUACCUUUAGGAGAGCAGUUGUAUAUAAUGAGCGACGUAUACGUGUGAGGUGUCCUGUUUUCAUCUCUAUGUUCUAUAAAAAUGUAUUGCACAUUUAUAUUUCAUGUUGAUUUUAUUAAAAUGUUCCAGCCUCA